UCCUACGCAAUUGUGCCGAAACGACCAUGGAAGCGUUCUUUCCCGAUAGCAUUCUAGGCUUUGAGUUACCGCCGCCUCCGAAUUGCGAGCAGGCCCCGGACGGAUUGUCGUGCUGCUGCUGCAACCGAUGCGGUGUCGGAGGAUGCGACAUUCAGUGUGUUCCUUGCAACUGUUGCAUGCACACGCGUUGUUGUGGUGUUUCCGAGAAUAAGCUGAUCGACACUUGUCCCGUUUGCCAUCAACCCGCCACGGGACUUCGUUUGAUUCCCAUGGCCUUUAACGAAAUUGAUCGUGCGCAGGCCGAAGCCGCCAACACCAGGCUCUCGGACAAACGAGGCAAGAAGCGGUUGAACGCAACGGUGACGCGCCUGAACCCGCUCUUGAACGCGCGAGAGGGAACGAACGACGAACUUGGAAAGUCGAAUGCUGCCGAGUCCAACGAACUGCGCACGGGACGCUGGACGACGGAAGAAACGGAAUAUUGCGAUCAGCUGAUCGAACUCUUUGAAGCUGGCCUGAUUCCAAUCCCGGACGGAAUCAAAUUGAACGAUUUUCUGUCCAACAUGCUCAAAUCAAAGCAGUCUAGACUGACCAAGAAAAUGAAAAACGCUCGCCUUUCGUCUCGACAGUAUCAGCGAACACUGGGUUACAUUGUGGAAGACGAGCGUGCUCGAGAGUUUUCACAACUCGAGAGCAAAUUCUUCGCCUCGAUUCGGUGCAACAUGGAGCGUUCCGAGAUUCGCUUUCACAUGCAAAAGGAAUGGCGUGAGCUUUUUAGUUCUUUUUGCCUCGGUAUUGGUCAAAAAUUAGAUGCGGAUGCCUGGCUGACCAGUGUGGAAGAAAUGGACCGGCGAGAAUCUCACGAAAAGGACGCCGCACGGUUGGCGCGCCGUAAGAGAAUGAUGGGACAAGCGUUGCAUAGAGAUACAAUGGAUCCACAGAAUGGUGUUUUUAUUGACGCCGACUCUUCUCUGUCUGAUACUGAUUCUCUCGCUGGCUCGCACAGAAACAAGCGACAUUGCAGUGGCUUCAACAAAUCCUCUGCCAAGUACAAUACCUCCCCAUUCGUCGAGCGAGUUGCCGUAUACAUGCAGCGACACAACGUGCCAUUUGAGCACGUUGAUGUUUGGGCACCGUCAUUUUCACAACCUAUUACAGGUGAACCAAUUGUGAAUCAGACCAGUCGCCUUUGCUUCGCUGGAGCUGCCACGACCGACGUUAAGAUUCUAUUGCAGGGAGGCCUGCAAGUCGCUCUCACCAGCGAAGAACAAUAUGAUCUCGUUUCUUUCGGGGAGUAUAGUCAAAAAUUUUCCUUCGAUGUUGGAUGCGGUCUACCUGGUCGUGUCUACAGCUCUGGAGCUUCUUCAUGGGAGCAGGGUAUUCAGAAUGCUCCUAGCACGGCUUUUGAGCGUAUUGGAGGAGCGUCCCAAUGGGGCAUUCAGACCGUCCUGUGCAUUCCCGUACCGAGCCCCAACGUAGGGAGACUUAUCGUUGUUUUUUAUUCCCUUUACGACCGUGUCCAAGACCAAGAUAUGGUUGUACGGAUCAUAGAUGAGCUCUCUGCGUUUCUGGUUGACUAUCAGUUGAUGCCGUCGCCGCGAUGGAAACUGACUGUUGAUAUAGGGUCCUUAAGACGAAAAAUGCCUUCGGAUCAAACGGCAAUAUCCGAAGAAGACGCUUGUAUCGAUGAACUGCUUGCCCUGAUUCGUGUUCACACUCCCGCCGACAAGUCUUCCCCGAUGGCUCUUUACCUUCCAGGUUUUACGGCGCUUCGUAUGCUCCUGACAAAGAGUUCGCUUUUAGAGCGUGAUGAUAUUUUGCUGAAAGCCAUCCUUCGAACAUACAAGAAGCGUAAACACUCGGGACAAGCAGGAGUAGACAUUGCAUGGACAAUAGCAAGGGAUUUCAUGGUGAUGUCAAAACAGCAAAUGAUGGUAUCUAACUCAUCAGAAUCGAACACAACGAAUACGGCUCUAGUUCAUUGUGGCUGUACUACCAACGGGGUUUCGGACUACUCGCCGUCAAGUGGAUGCUGCCCGCCGAAUAGUAUUCAUAUAGACAGCAACAUAAGAUUCACUUCCUUUCCCCCGAAAGUGGCAGGCUGUUGCACUCCCGGUAAUGAGUUUGACUCUCAAAACAGUAGCAGGGGCUACACUCCUCCGACUUCCAGAUACUCGCGGGCAAGCCAGCCAAACUUCUUUCCUUCUCAGCAACCUAGUAUUACCAACGGAGUGCCCAAAACCAAGGACCUGAAAACUACGAGCAAUGUCAUGAUUUCUUUGCAGCUGCCUGCUUUGGCGCAAUCCCUUCCGCAAGCAGCAUCACACGAAACUAGUACGGUCCCUGUUGGACUCAAUUCCAAUACACUGUCAACCGAGCAACUGUCAGCCUGUCUCGACAUCAAUCAUUCAUCGCUUUUUGCGAUAGGAUAUCUUAUCUACAUUUCUAGCCCAUCGACCAAGUUUGCCACCAUUGCGGAAAAACUUUUGUAG